CUCAGGUGCAACCGUAUGUGGUCAGAUAUAGAUAUAGAUGUUGAGACCAUAGAGGAUCUUGCACUAGACAUGGACAAGAAUUACGAGGUUUCGAAUUCUUGCAAAAAGCAAGAACCCAAUUACAAAGGGAUUAGAGCCAUGCCUUUUGUGAUAGGGAACGAGACGUUUGAGAAAUUGGGAACGAUCGGGACAUCGGCUAAUCUUUUGGUGUACCUCACCUCCGUGUUCAAUAUGAAGAAUAUCACGGCUACUAACAUCGUUAACAUCUUCAAUGGGACGUGUAAUUUGGGAACUUUGCUCGGCGCCUUCCUCUCCGAUACUUAUGUUGGCCGCUACACAACACUCGGCAUCGCCUCUAUUUCUUCCUUUAUGGGCAUGCUGGUGCUAACGCUAACCGCAGCCUUUCCAAGCCUACAUCCGUCCAAAUGCGGACCGGAAGACGGCGAUACAUGCGCCGGCGCGUCGGCCGGUCAAUUAUUUUUUCUAUACACGGGAUUUGCCUUUCUGGUUGUCGGCGCGAGCGGGAUUCGACCGUGCAAUUUGGCCUUCGGCGCCGAUCAAUUCAACCCGAACACCGAGUCGGGGAAGCGCGGCAUCAACAGCUUCUUCAACUGGUACUACUUCACCUUCACCUUCGCGAUGAUGGUGUCGCUUACCGUCAUCGUCUACGUUCAGUCGAGCAUCAGUUGGGCCGUCGGGCUCGCCAUCCCAGCGUUCCUCAUGUUCUUAUCGUGCACGUUCUUUUUCGUUGGUUCGAGAAUUUAUGUCCGGGUCCGGCCUCAGGGCAGCCCGCUCACCGCCGUCAUGCAAACGCUCGUCGUCGCGUUUAAAAAACGGAACUUGGAGUUGCCGGAUCAGCCGCGGGAAGUUCUGUUUAACCACAUCCCGGAGGAUUCGAUCAAUUCGAAGCUACCAUAUACCGACGAUUUCAGGUGUCUGAACAAGGCGGCGAUUGCGACGGCGGAGGAUGGAGGAGUUGCCGCCGACGGGUCGGCGGCGGAGCCGUGGCGGCGGCGCAGCCUGCAGCAGGUGGAGGAGAUCAAAUGUGUCGUUCGAGUAAUACCGAUUUGGUUGUCGGGAAUCGUCUACUUCCUCGUGCUAACUCAAAUGCAGACAUACUUGGUCUUCCAGGCCGGCCAGGCCGACCGGCGGAUCGCCGGCGGCGGCGGGUUCAAGAUCCCGGCGGCGUCGUACUCCGUGUUCUCGAUGAUAAGCCUGACGCUGUGGAUUCCGAUUUACGAUCGGCUUCUCGUCCCGAUCCUCCGGCGGAUCACUGGGAAGGACGAGGGGAUCACGCUGCUGCAGAGGAUCGGGAUUGGGCUGGUCCUUGGGGUCGCGACGAUGGCGGUUUCCGGCGCCGUGGAGACGCACCGGCGGCGCGUGGCGCACACGCGCCCCACGAUUGGCGUGGUUCCGCACAAGGGGGCGAUCUCCGCCAUGUCCGGUGGGUGGUUCGUCCCGCCUCUGGCGCUGGCGGGGCUGUCGGAGGCGUUUGCGGUUAUCGGGCAGGUGGAGUUUUAUUACAAGCAGUUCCCGGAGAACAUGAGGAGCUUCGGCGGGUCGUUUCUUUUCUGCGGGUUGGCGGCGGCGAGUUACCUCCACAGUUUGCUGAUCACGGUGGUGCACAAGACGACGGCGGCGGCGGCCGGAGAUGGCGGGAACUGGGUGGCGGAGGAUCUGAACGAGGGGAGAUUGGAUUAUUUGUAUUAUCUGAUUGCGGGAAUUCAGGUUUUGAAUUUGUGGUACUUCGUGGUCUGCGCGAGAUGGUACAAGUACAAGAACGCAGACGACGACGCCAUGGAAGUCGCCAUGGAUGAAAAGCUUGGUGGUGAUCGGAAACCGGCGGCGCUGCAGGCCUGAUUGAAUUAUUGACUUGUGAUUCGAUUCUUACAAUGCGGAUUCGGAUUCGGACACAGAAAUUGGAUGAUCUGUAUGUAAUAAUUAAAUGAGGUUUUUGGUGCAGUGGCUUGGUUAAGGAACCCACCGGAGCCGUAGCGAAAGCGAGUCUUCAUAGGGCAAUUGUCACUGCUUAUGUAAUUGUGUGACUGAUUAUUGAACCAAGAAUUGAUCUCUAAA